AUGGUACCUCCCGGCAGCUGAGGUGGAGAUAGGCGGUGGCGGCUCGCAGCUUGACCUCGAUUUGUUUUUGGGACUGCAGGCUGGACCGGCGCGUCCGGUGAGCUGGGAGAGAUAAAAACCAGGAGGAUAUUUGGGCAGCAGCAGCAGCAACAGGAGGGGAAUCCCCCUCGCUCCGCCGCCUCCUUGCCCGGCAUGCCGGCACUGCCCCGCUGAGACGUGCAGAGAGUUUUGGGGUUAAUUUGCGCCUGGCCGUCCCCUGGAAUAGAGACUCGCCGGAUAUCGGAUCGGUUGGGGUUUGUAGUCUAUGUCGUGUUGGGAAAUCUGGUGGAGUUUUUUCUCGCUCGAGGAGGAAGAGCCCGGUGUUGGCAGUUGGCUUCGUGGUCUUUUUUGGAGGGCGAAGGAAGGGAAGGGAUCUCACUUGAGCCGUGCGGAGAGAGAGCUCGGACAUGUGUUGUCAGCACAUCUGGGGAAUACAGUCUGCAAGUCCGAAAGGAAAUUUGCUGGGAUCGUUCAAACUGCGAUAUUGAUCUUUGUUAUUUUUUUUCGCCGAGGGAUGCACUUGGCAUGAGAAUCGGAGGAUGGAAAUUGUUUGGGAGGUGCUUUUUCUUCUGCAAGCGAAUUUCAUCGUCUGCAUUUCAGCUCAACAAAAUUCACCAAAAAUCCAUGAAGGCUGGUGGGCUUAUAAGGAGGUGGUCCAGGGAAGCUUUGUUCCUGUACCCUCCUUUUGGGGUUUGGUGAACUCAGCUUGGAAUCUUUGCUCAGUUGGGAAAAGACAGUCACCUGUCAAUAUUGAAACCAGCCAUAUGAUUUUUGAUCCCUUCCUAACUCCUCUUCGCCUAAACACAGGGGGAAGAAAGGUCAGUGGGACAAUGUACAACACAGGGAGACACGUGUCCCUCCGGUUAGACAAGGAGCACCUGGUGAACAUCUCCGGGGGCCCAAUGACCUACAGUCACCGCCUGGAGGAAAUCCGGUUACACUUUGGCAGCGAGGACAGCCAGGGGUCAGAGCACCUCCUCAAUGGCCAGGCCUUUUCUGGAGAGGUUCAGCUGAUCCACUAUAACCAUGAGCUGUACACAAAUGUCACAGAAGCUGCAAAGAGUCCUAAUGGGUUGGUGGUAGUUUCCAUAUUUAUGAAAGUAUCUGAAUCAUCAAAUCCAUUUCUAAAUCGUAUGCUUAACAGAGACACCAUAACAAGAAUAACAUAUAAGAAUGAUGCAUACUUACUACAGGGGCUUAAUAUUGAGGAACUUUAUCCAGAGACAUCUAGUUUCAUUACAUAUGAUGGGUCAAUGACAAUUCCACCCUGCUAUGAAACAGCAAGCUGGAUAAUAAUGAACAAACCUGUCUACAUAACAAGGAUGCAGAUGCAUUCUUUGCGACUGCUAAGCCAGAAUCAGCCAUCACAGAUAUUUCUGAGCAUGAGUGACAAUUUCAGACCAGUCCAGCCUCUCAACAAUCGAUGUAUCCGAACCAAUAUCAACUUUAGUUUACAGGGAAAAGAUUGUCCAAACAAUAGAGCACAGAAACUACAGUAUAGAGUAAAUGAAUGGCUCCUCAAAUGAGACAGAGCAGGCAGAACCCAAAUCCUCAGUGGAAUGCUCCUUCUGGGAAUUGACAUCAUCUACAAUGCACCCAACCUCCCUCUCUGGGCUCACAUGCACCAUGUGCUGUGGGAAAAGAGCUGCCAUGUUGGAAAACUCCUCAAAAUGUAUUCAUGUGAUUGGUGGCCAUUUAAAAACAAAACAAAACAAAACAAACAAAACAAAAGAAAACAAAAGUAUUACAGUAAACAUGAUUACAAUUUUCCUGAACUAAUUUGGAGUCACAAAGAAAGACUUUUCAGACUUUGUACAUAUGAAAUUCUUUCUCUUCUCCCCCUCUCUCCCUCAAUUGAAAAAAAAAAAAAAAAAGAAAAAAGGUGGCUCAGUACAGCAUCAAAGUGGAGUUGUGUUCUGUGUGCCAAGUAAUCCUUGGAAAGCUGUCAUUAUUUCACUAUCAUUAAUGGACACUGACAAGACAGAACAAGACUACUGUAAAGGAAACAUUUGUAGGUAUGAUCUUUCUGUUAAUUUAAUUUUAAAAGGGACAGACUUGAGAGAUAAGUAUUGUAAAUAUAUCACUGCAAAAUAUAAAGGAAAUUGAAAUAUUUCCCUUUGUCACAUAUCUGUAGUAGGAUUUGGCAAAAUCAGAAUAUAUCCAUUUUCUGUUUCUUGUUUUACAACAUCAUAAGUUGUGUUGGUUACUAUUAACAACUCAAUAAAUGUGUUUAACAAAUUAAUUUAGUUAAGUUGCUUUGAUUUCUUUUUUUCCUUUCUUAAAUAACUAGCCUCUACUAUUUGUGGAUGUAUUAUUUGUAGUUUUCUUUUUUUUUGUUUAUUUUUUUUUUGUUCUUUCUUGUUUUACUUAAUUUCUUUGUUUGCAGCCCAUUCAAUUGAGUUAAGGACAAUUGGGAAUGCACUUAAAGGUGGUAUAAGUUUAACUCCACUUUAUGGUCCAUUAUUAACAGGGACUGGGCUCAGAAGCAGGAAGCAGAUGAAACAUAGUUCAAAAUUGUCAUUUUCCUUGCUGAAGCAAUUAUUGGGACAAACAUUCAAUCCUGUAAAUGGGUGGUGAAAGGGAUAUUUUUUCUUCACAGAUAAAGCAGGAGCUGGCCAAGUAAAUGCAAAUGCCUUUUUUCUUAUUUAUAAUGGUCAUUCACUGUGUUUGGUUACUGUCAAGAACUCAAUAAAUGUGUUUAACAAGUUCA